AUGUGAACUGUCCGAUAUAUCUCUUUUUUUUUAAUACAUAUCCCACCGUAAUAGUGUAACUCCUGCUCCUCCUCCUCCUCCUCCUUUCUCUUUCCGUUUUUUUCUUCUUUUUUUCAAUCUGCUACCAAUACCCGUAUAACUGUAUAUAUCAAUAACACACCACUACCACAAAGGAAAAACCUAUACGAAUGGCUUCUAAUAAGCGUUUAUCAUUUGCAAACUUCCCCAUUCCAUUCGACCAUCCCUACACACUACCGAGUCUGAUCGCCGCGGUGGCCGCUUCAUCGUUCGCGUAUUACUAUCUACAAAGCACGCAUACUGCCGAGCUCAUUGAAGCCGUUCGAGUUCGAGAUAUUAAUAAACGACGCCAACUGAAACGACCCGAGCAACGGUUUGCGAGUCUCAAAGUUGAACGACGCUAUGUGAAUCCAUUUGGUCAAUGGCGGGAAGUUCCUUGGUGGGAAACGGCACUAUUUUGGUUAUGUCGUUACAAGGGCAACGGGUUACCAAAGACAGAAGAGGAAUUGAACAAGACAAUGCCUGUUGUCAAGCCAUCACUGGAUGUGAUUUUUGCCAAAUCGGAUAAAAGUAGUAGUGGAUUAACCGCAUCUUGGGUCCAGUUGGCCGAGGAGAACAAAGACGUAUCACGGUCAGCAUCAUCGCCGUCGGUGGCAUUUACAUGGCUAGGACAAUCGACGUGUUUGAUCCGAGUAGACAAUAUCACCAUAUUAACCGACCCUGUGUUCUCCAAAUGCUCAAUUAACGAUUACCUCGGUCCGAAACGUCUAAGGCCUAUACCUUGUUCCAUUGAUGAAAUUGCUUCCCAUUUGGAUAUGGUGUUGGUUUCCCAUGACCAUUUUGAUCAUUUAGACGAAAGCGUAGUACACAAGCUUGGGAAUUCAGUAACAUGGUAUAUACCCUUAGGACUUCGGGACUGGUUCGUCAAACGAGGUGUAGAGAAUGUGAUUGAAUUAGACUGGUGGCAAGAGAUCCAUCAUGCUGAAAAUCUUGAUACAAAAAUUGCGUGUGUUCCAGCCAUGCACUGGAGCGGAUCACGUACACCGUUCGACAAAAACUCGACAUUAUGGUGCAGUUUUGUUGUAAAAACGAAAUCCAAUAGCAUAUUCUUCUGUGGUGACACAGGCUACUGUCCCGAGUUAUUCAAAGCCAUUGGUGAACAGUAUGCGCCAUUUACACUCGCAGCUAUCCCAAUCGGAAGUUUCAAGCCCGAAAUACUUAUGCAGCAUUUGCACAUGGGCCCUACCGACGCUGUCAAAGUGCAUCACGACAUUGGUUGUCCUAAAUUGUCGGUGGGCAUUCACUGGGGUACCUUUAUGAUGUCCGACGAACAUUAUCUCGAACCUGCGCGACAGCUUAAAGAAGCGUGGGACGAUAUUGAUAUUCAACGAACAGGUGGUAAACUCAUCCGUGCUGCUGCUGCUGAUGGAGAACAAGAAUCCUCAUCUUUUUGCUCUACUACUGCUACUGUGGGUGCUGUUGUUUCUGAAACUCGCUUCAUCACUACAUUUAUUGGAGAAACUGUCUGCUUGAAUUAGGAGCAGAUGAGUGCUAAAAUGCUAGAUCAACUUACUACCUGUUACUACUACUACUACUACUAUUACUACUGCUACUGCUACUGCUAAUGCUAAAUAUAUAUACACACACACACACACAUAUCCGAUACAUAUGUAUAAGCAUAGACGGCAUGCAUAAACACACCACACCCUGUUUUUUAUACGCAAUUGCAGACACGAUUUACAUAUCAUUAUGCCAAUUACGACACACACACAUACGCAAACACUUAUCAACAUAUUUCUACUUAUACAUAACCUUGACACACGCAUCCCUUUGUUUUUCUUUUGUAAUAUAUCCAUUCUUUUCUCUCGUACCCCUAAAUAAACUAUUAUUCUAAUGAGACAUUCA